AUGUACCAUGCGUCUACUGCGCCGCAAACUGGACCAUGUCUAGGCAGGGGAAGAGAAACCAUUGCAACAACGCCAUACAGCUACCUACUGCGGGUACUCUGGGCUAGUGCUGCAGCUGCAAUACUCGAUUCUGCCAUCCAAGUCCGCAAUGCUCCUGGUCACACCGUAGAGGAUACCUGGCGUGCUAUAAGGCGAGGUCUAGCUGUGGCCAGCCUGGAAGAACGCGAACCUUAUACAGCUGAUCUACCUUUGGCGAGGAGCUGGGAUGGCGCUACCCUACUAUCAGUCGAAGUGGAAGAAUCGUAUUCUGACGAAAAUCAAACCACCAACCUGGAGCUCAAGGCUGGCAUCACAGUCACAUGCAAGACGUGCUAUGUCAAAGGGAAUGCUAAGGCCGAACUUACUAUUGGAGACAACUUAAACGCCAGCGAACUCAUCGGUGGCGUAGUCGACGACGUUAAAAACGAAACCAUCGAAUUUGCCGACAAAUUCGUAGAUUACUUAUACAACUACACCGAUUCUGUCUACGAUAACCUGAAAGACGGUUUGGAUGCGAAAGACUUCACUUUCCCAACUUUUCCAUUCGCAUUCGACAUUGAUGUGCCCGAGAUCGAGGACGCAAACUUACGCUUUCAAUUCGACGGUAUGGAGCUCUACCUAGAGAUCGACACUGUUCUUACGGGUGGAGCUGCCUACGAGAUCAACCUGUACACUUCCAACACUCCAGUAGGGAUCUCAGUCGGCCCAUCAUUGACGCUCGGUGUGACACUUCAAGUUGAUCUUAUCUUGGAGGUUGACGGGCAGAUCGAUAUAAGCAGUGGAUUCCACGUUAAGCUUGAUGAUGGUGUCGCAAUGGACAUUACCAUGUUUGGCAACACUGUCUCAAACAUGAUCUUCAACGGCGGUCAAUUCGAGUUUCUACCUGUUACGCUAGUCAGUGCCAGCGUUUCUAUCGCUGCUAUUCUUCGAGUCGGAGUGCACUGCGGUGUCGAAGUUGGCCCACCGGAACUACCUGGAAUUGCUGACCUUUUUGCCGACUCUGUAGGUUUUGAGGUCAACGCGGGAGUAGAACUCGCUCUUUUCGCCAAUGUUGCGGAAUUUGUGACCAAUAUCAGCUACGUACCCGAAGACGAUGAAUGUAAGCUCAAGGUCGUUCAAGAAUACAACUUUGCGCUGGGUGCCUUGGCCGGCGCAUCUAUCGUGGUUGAUCUGCCGGUCCUGAGUGAUAACAUGACCUAUGGUCCAGUUGCAAGCGCAACCACAGCAAUCUUCACUACAACACUCGCUGAGGCAUGCGCUGUCGGAGCUACUAGCAAGCCGCCGCAGGUUACUCCCACCGUUGCUGAGAAACGACAGGAUCUUGUAACUCACACUACUUCGACUGUUACUACAGGUGUAGGUUGUAGGAACACGGCGACUGCUAUGUGUCCGAAUUCCGAGCAAAUCUCCACAAGGGCAACAAUUACAAGAACUCUCGUGGUUUCUUCAGGCGAGAGUGCUGUCUGGCCGGAAACUAUGCUCGAAAAAGUCAAGGCUACCAAAGAAUUUGGUCCCCAGGUCAGAUCGAUGAAGACCAUUACUGGUAGCCCAGUACCGUACGUUGCGCCACCUAGUGAGGAGAAUCACGGUCUUGAUGGAACUACUGGCGGUGUCAGCAACAAGGUCAUUAUCGGUAUCUGCGUCGGACUAGUUCUGCCCUUGCUGGCUGCCAUCAUUGGGGCUAUCAUCUUCUUUCGUAGGCGCAAGAGGUAUAAUGCAGUAGGAGGACCUGCAGCACCCAUGCUCGCCGAGCCGUACAUGGGCCAUAAUGACUAUACUGACCAGAUUCAUGAUUCGAAGUCGCCUAACGGGAAUGUUACCGAGAUUCAACGUUGA